AUGUCUCAUAAAAAAGAGCAGAAGAAGGAUAACGAUCCUCUGAGUUGUGUCAUAGUCGCCGACUCUUACGAUGCACGGUUUGCUCCGCUUCUAGCCACAGUUGGUCUUUGGUGUCUUCAGACGAUCUGUAAUGUGCCUCUCAUUUACUAUACUCUCUCGUGGAUUAUGCGCACGGAGAUACGGAAGGUUCUACUGGUUGUUUCGAAGAAAAACAGCGACCUGCUGAAGAAAGUAGAAAGAGAGCGUCGCAUUGAAAACAAAAAUAAUGUGAUGACGUUGAUCUUCUCUGACUUGAAGACGGCGGAGAAUGCUGUUAUUGGCAUAGAAACAUCAUCAAAGAAACUCAGAAUCUACCAUCGAAAGGAGGAUCCUGCACAAUUGGAUAUAGACAAGUUCUCUAGUCACUGCUUGGGUUUCAGCGCUUUGUCAGGAAAUGUUUACGUGGCCGUUAGUGAACAGGAAUUUGGAAGACUAUUACCAGCGGGAAGCGUCCCCAAACGAGCGUUCAACACAACGUUUGGAUUACGUUGUAAGAUUGACGACACAGUCACGACUAAUUGUGCAACAAUUGGUAACGACACACAUAUCGGUCCAAAUUCUCUUCUUGUGAAUUGCAUAAUAGGUGAAAAGUGUGUGAUUGGGGCAGAUUGUCGAAUCGUGGAUGCGGUUCUUGGAAAUGGUGUUCAUAUACCUGAUGGAACGAAUCUACAGAAGCAAUCAGUAAUUUCUUCUGAGGUUUUCUAUCCACCAGACUUCGAUAUUCCCCCGAAUAGCGUUGUGUGUGCCGAACCACCGAACGAAGAUUUUGAGGAGAUGAUAAAGUACAAGCUGGUUGAAGGCUGCGUAUGGUUGAGCUACAUUUUCCAGUAUAAAUAUGGAUGUUCUUUAUAUCUCGGCGACGAUUUAUUCGUUGAUGAUCUGAACAGCGAAAGUGUUCACAUUUGGUCUUUCGCUAAUGGUGGAUCCUUCUGGUGUUUAAAUGAAAGGUGUGACUCAGGAAAUGGUAGUAUGAGCGAAGAGAAUGACAUAGAAAAUGGUACUGAGAGUGAAGGAGGCGACCCAGCCGAGUUGAAUGCCACUGCCCAGUUCUACGAAGAAGUAGCCGAAAGUAUGGAACGAAUACAAGGUUUCACCUUUAGCAAUCAGCAGAUGCAUAAUUUAAUACUGGAAAUCAACUCCUCGAAACUUGCGUACAAUAUAUCAAUGGAGGACGUAGCUAAAUAUGUCUUUUUCGCCUUUCUUGGCCUUCCAGGAAAUGACUCGUGGAUAAAACUGAAAGAGGAUGACUUUGAACGUCUUUCUUGCGAGCUUCCUUCUAUCGUUACUUUUGAAAAUUUUGACAAGAAUAUCGUUCAUUACAGGCGUCUGAAAGAACGUGCUGGUCUAACCAUCUGUAAGGAAAUGCUGGACGUAUUUAUUGCACGGGAAUUGAGUAAAGUUGUACUUAAUUUGUUUUCUAAGAGAGAACAGAUUCAUACGGAAGCUGAUUUGUAG